GCCAAGAUGUCUACAUAUUCUAAUUUCUUUUUAUAUAACCCUUUACAUAUGUGCAUGUAUACAUGAAAAACACACACAAAAGGUUGGUUGUAAGCUCUUUUGUCUCAUCCAACACUAAUAUAGCUUCCAUGGAUUUCCGACAGCACUCUCGCCGGAGCAAAUCUUUUCCGUCCUCAACCACCAUCUCCGACGACCCCUCCGCCACCCUCUCCACUCCCCUACACUACCUCAGCAUCCCCUUCUCAUGGGAAAAGUUCCCCGGAAUCCCCAAAAACAACAACCACAACAACGACGAUUCGUCGCAAAAUCUCCUCCCUCUGCCGCCAUCCAGCCACUCGCCCACGAUGAAAAAGUAUAGCGGCAGCCGGAGCUUCAGAAAUGACCCCUUUCUAGCUGCCUUUGUUGAGUGUUCAAAAGAUAAAGAGUUUGAGAUGGAGAGUGGUGGUGAGAGGUCAAAGCUACCGACUAGCGACCGAUCGGGAUUUGUGGUCAGUAUGUACUCGUCUUGCAAGAGAUCAUGUGCGGUUUCUGAGUCGAUUGUUUACCGACCACGAUCGUCUACCGGUUAUAUUUUAGCGACUGACCAAGACUUAUCCGUUGCUAAAAGUAAGCCAUGAUAUCAUAUCAUAUUGUAUCAUAUCCCACUUUUUAAGCACGAUAUUUUGAACUUAUAAUGCAUCGGUAGUUUUUGUAUAGCUUUGUGAUCUUUUACAACGAGGUCGAAAAAUGUUAUUUUUUUUUUUUACUUUUUUAGCGUGCAUUUGAAUAAAAGAUUAUCUUUCAAGGCGA